AUCAUUUCAUUCUGUUUUAUUCUAACAUUCUGUGUGCAAUGAGGUCAGAUUUUAUGCGAGUGAUGGCUCACAUGCCCCAUUGCCUCGACAAACACUUGCCAUGUUGUUUAACCUAUCGUUACCCUUUUAUAGUAAUAUUAUUUGAAUGAAUCCGCUUAUGACGUGUGAUCAUUUCAAGUUUUUAUGAGGUAAAUCUGGUGAAGUCUGUUGCCUUCUUUAGAACAAAAGAGGUCUCUCAGUUGUCUUAAAAAAAAAAAUAAAUCUAAUGAGAUGGAUGUCUUGCUGGUUCCUUGGAGAAAUUUGCUGGCAGUCCGUCAGUCUGUCUGUCUGCAACUGGGCUGUAGGUCAGUUUGGGAGUACAGUAUUAAUACAGGGUGAGCCAAUCACGUGGCUCGGCGAAUGCUUCGCAAUUGGCUUCGUCGCGUUGCGUCUUGUGACGGCGCACGGCGGUAGGCCAUCACCCCUGCUUUUAUACGGCCAACUUGCUACUCGGCAAUUCUUUUCUGUGUUCCUCACUCUGCCAGCUUGAUGCUCAGGCCACACCUCAAGAUGGUCAUCUUUGGACCCGGCGCUGCUUACGCCGCUUGCACCGCUGGCUGAGUCUGACCUGGAGUCGAAAAUGAACUGGGGGACCUUUUAUGCCGUGGUCAGCGGCGUAAACAGGCACUCCACCGGCAUCGGACGCGUUUGGCUCUCCGUCAUCUUCAUCUUCCGUAUCCUGGUCCUGGUGGUCGCCGCUGAGAGCGUUUGGGGAGACGAGAAGUCCGGCUUCACCUGCAACACCCAGCAGCCCGGCUGCGACAGCGUCUGUUACGACCAGUUCUUCCCCAUCUCGCACAUCCGCCUGUGGGCGCUCCAGCUCAUCCUGGUCUCCACCCCCGCCCUGCUGGUGGCCAUGCAUGUGGCCCACCGACGCCACGUCGACAAGAAGAUCCUGAAGAGGACGGGCCGCGCCAGCCCCAAGGAGCUGGAGCACAUCAAGAACCAGAAGUUUCAGAUCACCGGAGCUCUUUGGUGGACAUACAUGAUCAGUAUCCUCUUCAGAAUCCUCCUGGAGGUGGCUUUUCUCUACAUCUUCUACUUGCUUUAUCCUGGCUUUAAGAUGGUGCGUCUGGUAAAGUGUGACUCGUACCCAUGCCCCAACACGGUGGAUUGUUUUGUCUCCAGGCCGACCGAAAAGACCAUAUUCACCGUGUUCAUGCUGGCAGUGUCUGGGGUGUGUGUGCUGCUGAACCUGGCUGAGGUGGUAUACCUCAUAGGCAGGGCCUGCAAACGGUGCUUACGAGGCUCUGACGAAGAGUCCAAAGUCGCUUGGAUAAGUCAACGAUUGCCUACUUAUAGACAAAAUGAAAUCAAUCAACUGAUAGCAGACCACUCUCUCAAGUCGAAGUUAAAUGUGACCAAAAAGAGCCCAACUGAGAAGGGUGAAAUGUGUUCUGCUUUCUGAGACUCUGCCUCUCCUGUUCCCGUCGAACUAAUCAACAGUAAUCGCACACGUCCCUGGAGUAUUUUGCUCUGCAUUAAUGUCACAUAUUCUGUAUAUUUCAUCAUUGUCAGCAGACACAUUUGGACUAUUUAUUUAUGCAUCACUCAGUCUACCGCAUAUUGAGUCAUCUGUUUUUUUCUUUGUUAUUGGUUUUACUGAGUAGUAGCUGUGUUGCUGUUGGAACUCAUAGUAGCCAGUAGUGAAGGUUAAAGGACCAUAGCAUAUCGGCGUUUUAGUCCACUUACUAAAAGUCUGGCAUUUUUGUUGAUUUUUAGUGGUUUCAUUUAAAUAGCUGAGGCGCAGAAACCAUGCUUGUGUCAUGGUUGCGUGAUAAUACAGUUCUCAAUAUGGAUUUGUUUGAAAAUCCUGCAGAUGUUGGCACACUGGUUAGAAACCACCAACUGCUGCUACGCAGUUGUAUUUACAAGCUAUGAUGCAUGGAAAGUAUGCCCAUUAAGCAAACCUUGAUUUGAAAAAUGAAUAUUUAUUAUUUGGCAUUAUAAAGGUUUCUUUUAGGGAAACAACUGGAUUCUUGGAUGUCAGUUUAUUUCCAGCACACAGAUCCACUGCGCUGCAGAUUUGUCACAUUUCAGCUGCUUUGUCACGCAACAAGAGUGUAGCUUUGACACAUAUAAAGGAAACGGGCAGCUGUCCGGAAGGCACGAAAACAUAAAAAAACUUACAAAAUUAAUUUAAUUUGGCCAAAAUGUGCAGAAACACUGUUAUGGUUCUCAAAGUUGCAAAGAUUACAGUAGAGAUUAAAAUGCUGGAUAAAAAGGGGAACUUUUUAUUUACAUGAAACAUGUUGAUAUGUGCCAUAUUUAUUCCAGUCGGAAUCAAAGCUACAUAAUAGAGGAAAAGGGCAUUUAUGUAUUAAAGUAAAUGAGUAAGAGUACAGUAAAUGCCAUUAAAUGUCAGUAACAGCCCUUUAAGACAAGUGGUGUGCUUGGAUUAUAUUGGACAGUUUUAGUUAUUUGACUUUGAUGAACUUUGUACACACAGCAGUAACUAUUAUGUAUCUUAGCACACUGCUAUUCCGAUAUUUUAACAUUUGGUGCUAGAAAACCAAAGAAAGUUUUUAAAAUAGUCCAGGUACGGACAACUGUCAUUUCAUGUUAACGUUUUACAAGUGAUUUAAAAAUAAAAUUCAUUUGAAAACAAUUUUCCACAAACGUAUUUUUACAACUGACCUAUUAAUUAUAUAUCUUGACAGAGUAGUCAGAAUGGUGCACAGGGCAAAAGUAUAUUUCAAUAAACCUUGUAAAAGUACUGUACAUAUAUGUCUUUGGAUUCAGUUGUAAACACUGCCUACUUACUUCAUUGUGCCUUCUGUUUGAGUUGAUCUUUGUUUGUGAAAAAUGCUUGAGGUUGACCUACUUUAUAACAGAGACAGUUGCACUUGCUUUCCUUAAUAUUGUCCUGUAUGAAAUUACUCGGUAUCUCUCUGGUCCUGAAAAUGUAAUGUCCCAUACGCUGGUAUCCGUUUAUACAACUGUUCUUUUAUAAAGUUAUACACAUUGUAGGGCGUACAAAAACCCUGUUGUCAACAUUUAUUCUGUACAUGCAGUAUAUGAAUUUACACACGGGUAAACAAUCCGGUUAAUAAGUAAUAUGGGUUGAAACAAUAUGUGUUCUUUAUGUAAUAUAAAGAAAUAAACUACCUGAUAAUUUUGA